CUUGAAUCUUCAUUUCUGCAAAAACCAUUUCGAUAGCCAUUAAUUAUCAUUCUUUCACUGGUCUUCUCAAACUCAGUAAGCAAUUAAAAUGGCAGUUUCCGAUGAGUAUAGAGUUCUCACAAAAGCAUUCUCAGGGCUGGGAGUGGAUGAGAAGGCGUUCGUUUCAAUUCUGGGGAAAUGGGAUCCAAAGCAGAGGCAAUUCUACAGGAAGAGCAGUCAUGAAUUCUUCAGGGACGAUGAACGCCAAUUCGAGAGGUGGGAUGAACAUCAUGUCCUCCAACUCAGGCAAGAGUUUUUACGUCUCAAGGAUGCGGUGGUGCUAUACACAUUGCAUCCGUGGGAAAGAGAUGCCCGCUUGUUAAAGGAAGCAUUGGUGAAGGGACCUCAACUCGAUCUGCUCAUAGAGACGGCAUGCACAAGGCCGUCUGAUGAGCUUUUGGGAGCAAGAAGAGCUUACCAUUCCCUCUUUGAACACUCCAUUGAGGAAGACAUAGCCUUCCACAUCAAAUCCCCAGAAAGAAAGCUUCUGGUUGCACUUGUGAGCUCAUACCGCUAUGAAGGACCGAAAGUGCAUGAAGAUGUUGCAAAAUCAGAGGCUAAAGUGCUGGUUAAUGCCUUAAAAACUGCUGAUGAGAGCAAGAGCCUUGUUGGAGAUGAGGAGAUUGUAAGAAUACUGGCAACCAGAAGCAAGUUGCACCUCAUGUCUGUAUACAAAUAUUACAAGGAUUUCACCGGAAACUUUUUGGAUGAGGAUCUUAAUGGCCGCUGGGCAUUAAAACAAACGGUGCAAUGCCUUUGCGCUCCUCAAGUGUAUUUCAGCAAGAUAUUGGAUGUGUCGUUGAGAAUGGGGGUAGAGGAGGCUGCUAGAGACGCAGUGACUCGAGUGAUUGUCACACGAGCGGAUGAGGACAUGAAGCACAUCAAACAAGAGUAUCAACGCAAGUAUGGGGUUUCUUUGUCGGACAAGAUUGAAGAAGUUGGCAAUGGCAGCUAUAAGGAUUUCUUGCUCACUUUAGUCGCAAAAGCAGAAUGAUUCAGUUAACAUUUUGACUUACAUUAAAUAUUUUAUUUAAUAUUUCAUGGAUGCCUUUUCUCCCCCUGCAAUGUUACAUGACUUUUGUAAUUUCAGUUGAAUGAUGAAUGAAUAAUAAUGAACAAUAUUGAUACAUUAUUACUAUUAUCAAACUACAAUAUGUAGAGGUGGAUUAAGAACCUGAAAAGGUUCUUUAUUCUUUCCAAUGGGUGUGCCA